ACCGCUCCUACAGUAAAUAUUUGUGUUUGCUCAACCCGGCUGUAAUGGUGGACGACUGAAGCAGGGGAAACGGAAUACAACUAGAGAGAAGAAAGAGAGGAACACGGUUUGAAAGUCUGUUUCAGAGCCAAGUCGACACGGACUUCGUCGAAAAUGGAUGAACUCAAACAUCAAGUCAUGAUUAACCAGUUCGUCCUGACGGCGGGCUGUGCGGCAGACCAGGCGAAGCAGCUUUUGCAAGCGGCACAUUGGCAGUUCGAGACUGCUCUCAGUGCCUUUUUUCAAGAAACAAAUAUUCCAUAUGGCCAUCAUCAUCAAAUGAUGUGCACCCCAGCCAACACACCAGCGACGCCCCCGAACUUCCCGGACGCGUUGACCAUGUUCUCCAGGCUGAAGGCGUCUGAGAGCUUCAACAGCGGCAGCGGCGGCAGCCCCAUGGCAGCGUCCAUGGCCACCUCACCCCCGCCACCCCAGAUCGGCGGCUGGGGCGUCUCACCAAACGUACCUAAUGUGCCGCAGCCUCCACAGGGACUCUGGACUCAGGGGCAACCCCCCACGCAGCCCUGCCCCGCCUGGCCCACGGGGGUGAACCCUCACACAGGCGCGGAGCAGAAAGCUAGUGUAGCAAUGGAGGCAGAGAGAUGAAGGGCAGCACGGGACUGAAAACAACCCCCUUUUCCAACUUGGAGGGGGGGGAGGAGGGAGGGAAGUGGCAGGGAGGGGGUUAAUAGGGUGGUGAAAAUGUCGGUAUAAAGGGGUUUGGGCUUUUUUUCCCCCGAAAGACGGAUGGAUAUGGAAUCUACGCAAACAAAGAAAAACUCAACAUGGACAAUUUAAGAAGAGGAGAAAAAAACCAAUGCAAAAUAUCAGUACAAAAAUAGACAACAAAAAAAAAGAAACGCACACAUAUAGUAAUAAGAGAGCAAAUGAAAUCUUUGUUAGUUUUUCCUAAGUAAAAGCAUAGAUAAGAGAAAUAUUAUUGAACUAAAAAAACAGAAAUUGAAAGAAAAAAAAAAAUUGUCGCGCCCAAGGAUUCUAUGUGAUGUUGAAGAACUUUCAAGGCAGCAAUCUUAAUUUUCAGUUUUUAUUUUGAUCUUUUUUUUUUUUUCAUGGUUUCAGCCAGUGUGUGUUUUUUUUCGGCCACUGGUGUUCUGUGUUUCUGUCUGUGCUGCAUGAGGAGAGGGGGACUUGCAUUGCAGUGUUUGAGAUUGACUCAGAAAUCAACACGCACUUGUGUGUGAGUGUGUGUGCAUGUUGGGGGGAGGGAGGGAGGGAGGGGGGGGCAGUUUGUAAUCAAAAUGUAUACACACACACACAAAUAUAUAUAUUCUCACAGACACACAUAAAAAACACACGCAUUAGCGUUCAGAGGAAAACGCCUCCUACUGUCAUCCCCAUCGUCAAAGGUGGGACUUUUCUUACCUCACCUGGUGGUCACCUGACUUCUUUCAGCCAAUCAGGGAUUCUUGUUAAACCAACCGUUGCCGCAGCAGGAAGUUUUUAAAGGUUUUUUUCUUAAAGGCAGCAGCCACUCUGGUUUAUGCUACCAAAUUCCUAGCUGCGCAGGCUUUUCCUGACAGUUUUAAACCUGGACUCAGACUACAGUUGUCCACUGUACCCUUUUUUUCUGGAGAUUUGGGUUAUUACAAGAAAAGCGUAAUCAUGGUUUAAUAUAACAUCGUCUAAAUGCUUAUUGUUUUGGUUUUGUUGAAAGGUUAAAGGAGGUGGCUUUGAAAAGUGAGCGGGACUUCAGGUUGAUUUUCUUUUUUCUUUUCUUGAAGAGUGAAUCAAACGCAGCUGAAACAGCUACAGAAUAAAAAGAAAAAAAACACGACUACUCCAUCUUUGUAAACAGAAUUGCCACUUUGCAUGAUGUGUUCAUAACGUGUAACAAUCUUUUGUAGCAAACAUACAAGAGGUCGAGAAAUGUUUAUUGAGGGUGGGUGGAGUUAAAGAUGAGGGUGGGGUGGUGGGUCUCAUACCCAAAGCUUAUAGAAAUGCAAUAGAGGAUAUUUUCUCUAUAAAUGAGUCGAAUCAGCACUGUCUCACUGUAAAAGCAAAAAUGUUUUGUUAGACAUGAGAAACAAAAAGAAAAGAAAAUGGGUAUGUAUGGGGCAGCUUUGGGAAGCCCACCACAGGGGACACUACAGACUACUUUCAGAUAUAAAGUAUAUAUUCACCCUCAGAUUCUGUACUACAGAGGGGUUUUUACAACACUUAGGUCUCCAAUUUUUGACCGGUCUCUGGUCCUGGACAGUUCAGGGAUGACCCUGGUAUACGGCAAUAUUUUAAAAAAGCAGGGUGUGCCCCUUUUUUUAAUUUCUCCUGUUUGGAUUUCUGUUUUCAUUUGAUUAAAAAAAAGAGAGCGUGAGGUAAGAGAUAUUUUGAAUAGCUGGAGGGGUCUUUUUUUAAAAAAAAAACGAUAAGAGGGUGAUUGGGGAAAUGAUAAAUAUAAUAAUGGAUUUUUAAAAAAAAAGCAAGUUCCUUUGUAUUAUUUAGACUAAACUAAUGUUUGAGUUCAUCCUUUUCCAUGCUUCAUACUUUAUUUGGUUAAAUCAGAGUGUGUCUGGGUGGGCCUGUUCCUUAAUGGUUUCUCAUGUACGUUUCCCCACUUGUAUGACUGUAUGAGACCAUUCCCACAAUAUUUGUGGACUACCUGAUAAUUAACUUAUCAUUUUUGUGAACCUAAAUAAAUAUUGUAUGUCAACCUAA